CGUAAAGUCCCGCUUGGCAUGUGAAGUCAGUCCCACGGUGUUCAAAUAUCUGUCUGCAUUUCACCAGCGCGAUCAAGCAAGUGUGCAAUCGCCUGUCCACGUAGGAGGAACUCUUGCAUUGCAGUGGCAAUCAGUCCGCGGAUCGAAUCCGGCGCUUCGCGACGUACAGCGUCAUCUUGUGGCGUUCGCUUGUCUUGCCUCCGCAUGGCCGCCAGCGGCGUGACGAUGUCAAGUCUCGCCAUACCCGCAGCUCGCCAGACGUGUUGUUGGCACUCCCUGAACGAUGACUCAUCAUCAUCAUCAGCAGCAGCAGCAGGAGGAGGAGGAGGAGGAGGAGGCACGUGCAGACUCAGCCAGCGCAGUCACAACUGGUUGCGUCAACACUGUAGUUCGCUCGCGGGCGAUGGAAAGAAGGCCGUAACUCUGCCACGUCAGCCAAUCUGCGCACUGACGUGUCACUCAGCGGCGAGAAGUAGCGGGUGCGCGGAGGACGAGGAGGAAGAGCGGGGGCUGAGGACUGCCAUCUCUCACGCUCUUCCGCGCGCUCGCGCCCCUUCAACGAGAGUGCGUCUGCUACGAACGCGAACGCCAACUCGUGCAACUACGGCAGAAUCUCCCAAUGAAGGAGACACGUGGACAGGGGAAGAGAACGACACGUCAUCCCGGACAGAAACCCCUGCGGUAGAUCUACAAGCGCUUAAGGCCAAAGUCCUGACCACCAUCGCCGGAUUAGACAGAGGAACUGCCGCGAGUGAGGAGGACUGUAAAAGAGUGGAGGAGGCAGUGAAGGAGUUGGAGGCGGCGGGAGGGGGCAGGAUCAACCUGCUCUCAGGAAUAGCGCGGCUUGAUGGAAGAUGGCGACUGGUAUUUUCCAGCGGGUUCGCUUCUGGAAGUUUCGGUGGCCGCCGCCCUGGACCGGGUAUCGGACGGGCACCUUUGACUCUGGGGCAGGUUUAUCAAGAUAUAGACGUCGAGGAGAGGAAACUGGACAACGUGGUGGAGCUUCGGCUUGGAGCGCCAUGGCCGGUUCCACGUCUAGAAUUGACAGCCAUUUUGGGUCACUCGCUCGAAACGACGGACGAGGGGAACGCCCGCAUAAGGUCGACGACGAUAAAGUUGAAGCCUGAGGGAGCACUUCAGCUAAUUCCCGACUUAGAGCUACCUUCCAUCUCCUCCUUUUUCCGAGCCCAAAAUCUGUUCCAGAGCGAAUCGGAUAAAGACAAGUCGCCAUCACGAUACGGAACGUUCUCCGUCACGUAUCUUGAUCCUGAGUUUCGUAUUAGCCGAGGCGAUCGGAGUGAGCUUCGCAUCUUUCUGAAGGUGUAAACGUGUCGAAGCGCUGCGGCGUCUUUUCUGAUCUGAAACGAGGAACAACUGUGUGUGUGUGUGUGGAGAUGUGUGUGUGCGCGAGCGCGCCCGUGAUUGUGUGCGUGUGUCUGAGUGAAAGAGAUAGGGCGAGAGAUCAGGACAUUACGUUAUGGAUCGAACUGAAAGAGUGAGCCUUGGGGCACAUAUGUGUGUCUGUGUGUAUGAGAGAGAGAGAGAGAGAGAGAGAGAGAGAGAGAGAGAGAGAGAGAGAGAGAGAGAGAGGGAUUUGUCGAAGCCUUUUCCCUCCAAGUGCCUGGACGUUGGCUGGUCUAAGCUGGAAGAUCACUUGUCACUUCGAAAUGGCACAUAGAAAACUACAGAUCUGGAUAUGUAGGCAGAUAGGAAGAAAGUUUUUUCCUAACGGUUGAGUUUUCCAACAAGCAGGAAUAGCCAUUUCUAGCGAGCGAGCAAACGAGAGAGAGAGAGAGAGAGAGAGAGAGAGAGAGAGAGAGAGAGAGAGAGAGAGAGAGAGAGAGAGAGAGAGAGAGAGAGAGAGAGCCGUCCACAUUUUGGGGGCAGAGGGGGGAAGGCCCCGUUCUCAUUCGGGGGCAAGGGGGUUUGUUUCUGGGGGUUUAAAAAUUGUACUUUCUGGGGGUUGUAAAAUCAUCAUCCUUUACGGGCGGCAUAGAGGAAUGUUUUCCGAUAGUCAGGAGAUAUUGGACUUGAGGCCAAAUAAGUGUUACUUUGACCUCAGCCAGCCCGCCAGUCGAUCGACACCUUCGACGGGUCACCAGCGAUCCCCCCCUCCGCCCUCCUGUCAAGUUGUGUCAACCUGUCGGACAGAAAGAUGGCAAUCAAUUAGCCAAUUGUGCAGAUCGAUCGAAGCGAAGGUUGCGGACCUGAAAUGCUUUGUAUUUAUCUUUUACCGUGAUUUCCCCCCCCCCCCCCUGUCUACAUGACCUUUGCAGAUUCGUAAUUGGUGGCCAAAGAAGGGGCGGAGGUGUAAAGGUCAAUAAAGGCGAUGAUGUAUACAGCUUUCAGGGCUGGCCUUCAUGAAGCAGCAGGACGAAAUUGUACCUUCAUCCCGCCGCGCGCACAGUGUCUACGAGUCGGGGCUGGUUGGCGUUCAUGCGUGAGGAGUGCCCAGGGUGUGGUGUCAAGCGGACCCCGGCCCCUGUCGGGUCGUUUUGACGUGCACAGGCGGAGAUCGAAGCUUCAUUGCGGCGCGCAGCGUCUCCGAGGCAGGGCUGGUCGGCGUUCAUGCGUGAGUUGGGGCCAGAGGAUGGUGUCAAGCGGACCCCUGUCGGGUUCAUUUUGACGUGCACAGGCAGAUUCAUCGCGGCGCGCAGUGUCUACGCGGCAGGGCUGGUUGGCGUUCAUGCGUGAGUUGGGCCCAGAAGAUGGUGUCAAGCGGACCCCUGUCGGGGUCAUCUUAACGGGCACAGGCAGAUUCAUCGCGACGCGCAGUGUCUCCGAGUCAGGGCUGGUUGGCGUUCAUGCGUGAGUUGGGGCCCGAGGAUCGUGUCAAGCGGACCCCUGUCGGGGUCAUUUUGACGUGCACAGGCAGAGAUUGAAGCUUUAUCGUGGUUGCCGUUCAUGCGUGUCUACACGGCAGGGCUGGUUGGCGUUCAUGCGUGCGAGUUGGGGGGCCAGAGGAUCGUCUUAAGCGGACCCUCGCCUCGAAGGGGUCAUUGUGACGUGCAUGAUCUUAGAAGACAAGAAGAUGAGGAAAUGAUGUGGAUAAGGAAAUGAUGUGUAUAGUUGCGGAGAGGUGAUGAUUGACCUGUCGACAGAAGAAGAUGACGUGCGUAGUUGUAGAAAGGCGAUGACUGAUCCUCCCUCAAAUCUACUCUGCGGCUGUAUUGAGUAAGGAGUUUUUCAAGCGGAAAAACUGUUGUAUCAUCCGGACUGUGUGUUUUCUUGAACGUCGUGCUUUUUUUUUUUUUCCAAUUGCUUAUUUUAAUGAUCUGCCAAGAGCCGUGUUGUA